AUGGCCCCACGCAAGACACGCGCAUCCUCUACCACCACCGGCAGGAAACGCCGAGCAGCAGCCCCACGCCGCCAUCGUCAAGCAGCUACCGCUCCAUCCACCACGUCCGAAACCAAGUCAGGCACGGUGGACUCAGAUUCUACCAUUCCGACUCAGAUUUCGAAUCCAAGUCGGAUUUUGGAUAAUAUCGACUCUGAUUCGCUGAAAACAACAACAACCGGUAUUCUAUCCGGUAGGUUUUUCUCCCAAGUCAAAAGUACCGACCAAUCAGCGCUCUCGAAACGUCUUCAAUUGACGUGGACCACACUCCAGCAACUCCCAAACAAACAACAGCGACGAGACGACGCAAUCAUCGGCGACGCUCACGUCGCCGAGCAGUUGAAUCUCGUUGCUGCCGAGCUCGUGCAGCAGCCAAUCAUCGGGCACGAAGACCCGACCGUCCGGUCUCUUGUGGCCUGCUGUGUCGUCGAGCUCCUGCGCGUGGCGUCGCCCGAGUCGCCCUUUCGCUCCGACGAGGUGCUCUAUCGUGUUUUUCAGCUGCUGCUGGAGCAGCUGCGGGCGCUGGCCACCGCGUCGACGAGCACUUAUUAUUUGUAUGUGCUCGAGAGUCUCGCAGCUGUGAAGUCGUGCGCGCUGGCUGUGGGAUGCCACUUUACAGUGGACAAAGACGAGGACGAGGUCCUGGUGCAGCUGUUUCAAGCGCUGUUUACGACGAUCCAGCGUGGCCAUUCAGUGAAGAUCGCUCACUUGAUGCUGAGUAUACUCGUGACGUGCAUGGAAGAAGCUGGUGCGGUGGAACAGCCGCUGUUGGAUACAAUCUUGAGCCAGUUGGUGAGUCAAGAGGAAGCUGAGGAACGUGCUGGAAACGUGGACGACGAUGCUGAUGGUGGUGGCGACGCUGCAGGCUGGAGCUCGUGCCGCUUGGCACGGGAGUUGAUACAAAGAACAAGUGAUGUAUUACAGAACCCGCUGUCAACGCGUCUCAACAGUUUGUUGAUUGAUACGACAGGCCAAUUUUCGGGCUCGCAGAAAACUGCCGAGUUGAAGGAACAUUUGGAUACGUUGAUCUAUGACGUGCACACGAUCAAUCCAUCGCUGCUGUUAUACGUGCUUCCAAACGUAUGCCUGAAGCUCCAGGCGGACGACGUUGCGACGAGAUCGGGUGCUGUUGCGCUUAUGGGCAAGCUGUUUGCGUCUCCGCAUGCUGAUUAUGGUCACCAGUAUAUGAAGAACUUUUGCGAGUUUUUGGGUCGGUUUCGUGACGCGAGUAAGCAAAUUCGCAUGCAAAUGAUUCAAGUGUGUGUGACGAUCUGGGAGCGCAAGGCUGAUUUAGCUAGUCUUUUAGAGAAAGAGUUUAUGUUGCGGCUGAGCGACCCGGAGUGGGAGGUGCGGCAGCUUGUGGUCCACGAAUUGUGUGACUUUGCAGCAAAUUGCUUGGGGGUGAUUAGUGAGACGUGUCUGCGAGCCGUAGCAGAGCGCAUGAAGGACAAGAAAGUGACGCUGAGAAAAGAAACAAUGACGGGUCUCAGCCAAGUUUAUAGUACGCACAUUUCCGCUUACUGGGAAUUGGACGAGGCAGAAGAAAAAGGAUUAUUGCCACUCAGUCACCACAAUGUUUCUGCAAUCGAUGUGAAGAAGUUAGGAUGGAUUCCGGACUACGUAUUGAAGUGCUACGCAUACCCUCAGCAGGAGCUGAAACUCCGCGUCAUCCAGCUUUUGGAUGACUUUCUUUUGCCGAAAGCUCUAUCAGAGCGAGCUCGCACAAAUGGGCUUCUUUUCAUCUUCCAGGCUCUCGAUUCUACGUCGAGGGAAGCGCUGCGACGUAUAUUCAGGGAACGGGCCAAGUGUCAGGAAGUUUGCAGGCACUUUGUCGAGUUCAAAGCACAGCAACGUCACAAAGAGCUCCCCACAGGGACUGAAACUGGUGCAUUGAGGGAGAACGCAACGCAGCAGCUGCGCAAAGGACUUGCGCCUCUCUUUUCGGACAUCAGCGGACUGGACAAGCUCUUGGAUCGAUUGUCAACGUGGAAGGAUCAUAGUGUGUUUAAGCAUCUGGGUGUUUUGUGUGACUACUCAAAAAGUCAGCAGGAUAUCCGUCAUGCGAGAGAUCAGUUGGUCCGAUGUGUUGGAUCAAAAACUCCACUAGGGGAGUUGUUGAAGAAAGUGUGUCGCAAGCUGUCAUUAUUGACACUGAAUCGAGCUUCUGUUGCUGCCUUACUGGAUGUCUUGAUUGCAAAGGAGGGACGCCUGUCAAAAGAGUACCGCAGUGCUGUCGAUCUUAUGGUGAUGACAUCCAGUGAGCUACCAGAACUAUUUGCGCCGUUUAUUCACAGCAAAGUCUCGGCAAUAUUGACUCAAAGCAAGGAUGAUCCGAUUGAGAGCGAAUCUGACGAAGAGGAUAUUGUGUCUAAAGAUCCACGGGUGAUUCUUGGGGCUUUGCACGUUCUGGCCAGUUGUCCGCAUCACCGGGUCGUUGCUUCCGAUGGAGACGAUGCACCGGCGGCGGACGAAGGACGCAACAUGCCGUCUGCAGCGUUGGUUGACCGGCUUCACAGCUUUUGUAUCGGGGAUAGCAACGUCGAAGCACAGAAAUUUAAUAAUGCAAAGGAAAGCCAGGCAGCAAAAUUGGCAGCUAUCGUCCUUUCCCGCUUUAAUGGAGGCAAGGAUGACCUGGCGGGGUUGGUCAGCAAGCUGUGCUCAAAGGAAAGAAUAGGUUGUGCUGACAAUUCUGGAGCUGCAGCAGCAUUGCAGAGUCUGGGAGUUUUUGCAAAGCGUUGCAGCUAUAUAUUUUCCGAGGAUAGACCACUCUUCUUACGCCUGUGGACGCACUUGCUUAAUGGCUUGAUCGGGAAGGGCAAUCAAGCGUCAGCACCUGCUACACCGGGAUCUAAAGCCCGCAACCACAAGGGCUCCAGGCUGCCUGCUAUCAAACUAGCAGAGGUUCGUAGCUUAGCUAUAAAGGUGGCAGUGAACCUGAUCGUGUACUGCGGACCCGUAAGAGACUCGUCGACUUGGCUUGAUGAAGGUGUGCAGUUGAUUAAGCUGCUUUUUGGAAUACUCCGCUCGGACGGAACAGCAUAUGCGUCAACACCAAGUUUGUGUGCCAAGUUACGAGCCGCUGCGUCGUGUGGUCUCAUGAAAGUUAUGCGUAUUCGACAGCUAGAGACCUCGAUGUCGGUAUCUGAGUGGCACCUGCUCGGCUAUACGAUGCAAGACUCGAACGAAGAUGUUCGCCGCAAGUUUUUGAAAAAGUUGACGUCUCACUUGAUCAAGCAUUCCGUUCAGCAUCAACACAAGUACCUCAGCUACUUGGCGCUCGCUGCAACUGACUCCAACACUGGUUUGAAGAAAGCUGCACGAAACUUGCUCAAGGUUGGUGUAGAACGUAUGCGACGUGCAUUUGACGCUGCGUCUGUGUGCGAAUCGGAUGAGUUCAGCAGUCCUGGUCAAACGGGAAAUGACGCACGUAGUAUGAGUGCACUGAUGGUGCCGGAGUACGCGUUGCCAUACGUCAUUCAUCUUUUAGCCCAUCACCCCGCAUACCCGGUGAAACUCGUGGAGACAACACCGUCAUAUACGGUGAUGCAAAGCGAUCAGUGGUCUGACCAGCAAGCGUACCUAGGUUUUUUCCUGGAUGGUUUGGUCUCUGCAAAUGCUGCAGCGGCAGACAAUAUUGCUUUCCUGCUUCAGCUUUUGACCAAGCUCUCGCAGUGCCACGACGUAUCGAAUCCCGAUGACAUCAAUAUUUAUCCUUUACUCGAUAGCGCCGUUACCCUGCUCAAGAAAAAGAUCAAGAAACAGUCAAACCUGAAGCCGUUUCCAGGACGGAUUUAUUUGCCGAAGCAUUUGUUCAGCCCUGGAAGACCCAGCACGCUCGCAACUCCUGGCGGAAGGAAGGAGCCCGAGGCACCCGAAUCACUGGAGACGACUAAAGCACCGAGGAGACCAAGACUCAGCGCCUCCUUGUCACCCAUCAAGGCCAUGGACGUUACAGCUCAUUUCAUGAAGAUAAACUCUCCAUGUGAAAGCUCACUGCUGCAGAGUACUAUGAAGAAGCGCAAACGACAACUACUCGAGGCAGACGGAAGCUACUCGGAUACGGAGGAGGCCAAGAAUGAUGCCGAAGGUGCACGCAAGUUGUUGACAGCAUCGUCUCGGCGCCAGUCGUUGCUGGGAAGUGAUCGACCGAGGAAACGGACAUUCGCAGACGAUCCCAGCGAAAUUGGAGCUGAGGCGGACACGCAUAUCGGCAUUCAACGUCACUUAGCGGCCAACUAA